AUGGCCUUAGACUUGCAACGUAUUCGUCUAACGAACGAUCACACCUUGGAAACGGCCUCUGAGGUGAUGUCCCAGUUACAGUUUGAGAGACGCUUGCCGGAUGGACGCGGACAAGAGUCUUAUAAACAAGUUCUGAGAAAUCUUGGUUUUAGGAGCGAACAAAACGGCUCAGAAUCGUACAAACAGGAUGUUUUCCAAGGCCAGUGUUUAAUACUGGGAGAUGCUAGAGUUGGCAAGACAAGUUUAAGAAAAUCGCUUACAGGGCAACCAUUUGAUUUAGACGAACCAGGAACUAAAGGUGUGGAAAUAAGUUUAGUUGACCGAAAGUGGAAAAGACUCCACGCCGACGAUGGUCUUAAAUUUGGAAGCUUUACCCGAUUUCGGGAAUCUGUACUGUACCACGGUUUGAUGUUUGGCCCCGCUGGAGUCGAAUUUAUCAUUGACAGUGAAAUGACAUCAGCAAUGUCAAUAAUGAUACACGUCAUGUUCCUUUUAAAACGUAUAUUCUGGAUAAUCUCGAUCAUAUGCCUUUUGGCUUUCGCAACAGUGUCUGUCAGUUUCUAUGCAUAUUCAUUUGCUGUAUUUUCUCUGCAAAUUUGGCUACAGCUUCAGCAAUCUGAGCAAACAGAAUUUUUAAGACUCGCUUGGCUUAUAAUCGCACUACGUCGCGUUUUAGUGGGAUUGGGAGCUGCACAUGUGAUAGCAGGGUUCUUCAAAGAAAUCGAUUGCCAAAAUCUAGAACCGUCAUUUGAUUUAAGCAUACUUAAUUAUAACAUGUUGACCUGGGUACUCCAUAUUGUGAUUGUUACCAUCCUGAUCUGUGAUAUUAGCUUUUAUUUGUCCCCUAUUUACAAUUCUUAUCUUGGUAAUUGGAUGGGGAUCGAAUCAUCUGUCCCAGGUCAAACAAAGUUUAACAAUCCACCACCUUUUUUGCCAUGCUUCUUAUGGUUUUUGAUUCCUGUAAUGUGUGGCUUAAGUUUUGGUGCCAUUAUUCGGUUACAUAUAUCAAUCAACAUGACAACCCUCCAGUAUUGUCACAUUCUUCAUUUCAUAGUGACUCCUCUCGCUUUCCUUGUUACCCUUAAGUUUACACGGGCUUUAUGUGCUUUGGUAAACAUACAGGAUAUUGGUUUGAUCUUUCUUAUUUACAUCAUCUGGGAAAAAUUCUUCGAAAAAUUGAUCCAGUUUUGUUCCCUUAAUAUGUAUACUGUAAUUUUUUCAGUACCAGCCUGCCUUUCUCUGUACAGUGACUGGAAUGUUGUGUUUUCUAUUUUCAAUGAUACUCUGGAUACAAGGGAAAGGCAAGCUAGUUUCACUUUUAUCUUAAUUGAAAAAAUAGCACUGAAUUUUCAUAAGUUGAGAAGGGCUCUACAUUCUACAUUUUCUAGUCUUAAACUAAAAAUAUUAGACUUCUCAGGAGAUGAAGAGUACUAUGCUUACCAUCAUAUCUUCAUGAGAGACAAUGCCAUCUACCUUGUGCUCUUCAACAUGACAAACUUUGCAGAUGACAAUUUUGGAAACAUGGCCGCAAAAAUCCAAAGACUUAAAUUCUGGAUGGAAUCCAUUUGCAGUAAGGCCUCAUCAAGGACACCCAUCUUCCUUGUUGGAACACACAGGGGCCAUAUGGAAAAACUUUGUUUGAACAAAAUUGAUAAGCACCUGCGGCAGAAUAUUUUGGAUUCCUUUAGCGAUGAGCUUGUUCUGAAUGAAGAAGACAACCUCUUGUACUUCCCUGUAGAGAAUACUUAUGGAAAAAAUGACACUGGGAUUCAAAAUCUCAAGAGAGUAAUAAUUGCUGCAGCUGAAGAGUGUAAGACAACUAUUGGGCGUGAAAUACCAUUUUCAUGGAUAAAAAUCCAAGAUGCAAUCAUUAACUUGAGAAACAACAAGAGUGCAAAGUUCUGUGUGACACUGAAAGAUUUUCCCAUAUCAGUUGGUAACUUUAUUUGCAGCAACUGGUCAAAGGAAACUCUAAAAUACUUUCAUGAGAAAGGCCUCAUCAUCUUCAUUGACCAUGCUGAUUCCUCAGAAUGGGUUUUGUUGAAGCCACAGAUACUAAAUGAUAUCAUUAUACAGUUGGUGACACCACCUGAAAAGAAGGAAGAGAUGGAACAGCGUGGCUUGAGGCAGGAUUUUAAAUUGCUCCAUGAUACUGGAAUGCUCACUGACUCUCUCCUCAAGAACAUUAUUUCAAGAGAAACAGGAAGCAAAGAAAGUGAAGAAGCAAUGAAGAGCUUCCUUGAGGAGUAUGACAUCAUUUGCCCAUUAUUUCACAACAGGGAAAACAUUAAUGAGGCUGAAAAUGUCACACACUUUGUUCCUUCACUGUUGCCAAUGUCAGAUGUAAACACACCAGUGUGGCAUGAUUCUCCAACAGACAAGGUCUUCUAUGUGUUUUUCAAAAGAUUUCUUCCAGAGGCUCUCUUUCAACACCUGUUGUCCCGUGCUCACAGGAGCAGUAAAGUAGAAUUUCCUGAGGGGAAACCACUCAUUUGUAAAGAUGUUGGCAGAUUUUGGUGGCGGCCUUGCACAGCUUACAAGGUGUUACAACUCAAGAAGGAUGACAUGAUUGAAGUGACAUUUACUUACAGGUUAGUCCCUAAAUAAAUGUAACCUUUCACUGAUUUACGGAUCCAGUGUUGAUUGUCCUCUACUAUCAUCACUCCCUGGUCUUUAGCAUUUUAUUUCAUUCACUUAAAACUGGAUUAAAUAAACAUGUUUUGCCAAUGUGAGAGGGGUAUAAUAAAAUUCUAGCAGCUUUUCAAAAUCCUUCACACCUGGCACAUGUAAUGUUGCACUGACCUUGUUCUUGGAUAACUUCUCACAGUCUUAAUAACAAUUAAUUAAUUAAUAACAAUUCUUAAUAACAAGCAAAACAUUAGCUCUAUUAUUAUUGGUCAUUAAGACAGUAGAGCUAAAAGGAAGACUUGCUGUUGGAGCACACAUUUAGUUCUGUAAAUGAAAGUGCAUCUUCUUUGUUAAGUAAGAAUAUCAGAUAAAAUGAUAACACAACAUAAAGUAUAAUAACCAAUUCCUGGACAUUUGCAGUCAUGUAAUUAAAAACACAAAUUUCAAUCCUAGCAUCCACUAAUUAUCUACUAUUAAUUAUUUACAUAGAUAGGGCAAAACAAAUCUAUUGUUAUUUCUGAAUGUAUGCUUCAGCACUAUAUGUUGUCACACUAUCCAAUUGUACCCCAUUUCUAAAAUUGAGUUUUUCUCCAUUUUACAGAAAAGGACAGGAAAUCACACCCUCAUAUGCACUGAGUCAAAUGUUCACCAUGAUUGAAGAUAUCUGUACAGGGCACUUCCCGCAUGUCAAGUUUCAUUGUGGCCCAGCCUGCCCCUCAGACAAAUGUCCUGGGCACCAAGAAGAUUACAUAUCCCAUCCAGGUGUUCAGAGGUCACAUUUUCGAUACCAUGUGUUCAAUGUAAUGCCUGCCCGUAAGGAUCAUUCUAUUUCUUCUUUCCAUUGUGUUAAUCAAGACUUUAAAGAAAAUUUAAGAGAAUGGGAACAAUAGAAACAUUAUAUUGUACAAUGGGUGUACAUGUAGCAAUGUUAGUGCCCAUUAUCCAUCAACCUUCAAGUCAUCUUUUCUACAACAACGACAGACAAAAAUCUCCACAUGAUAUUCAGCAUCCAUACUUCUUUCCAUUUUGUCAAAACAUGAUGUCUUUGCUAUAUGCAUGUACACCAUGUGUGGUACUUUCUCCAGUCUAGUCAACUGGGAUGCAGAUUUUGACAGCUUUAGUCAUCAUUCCUUAAAAAAUGAACUAUGUGGAAACCAUUGGAGAGGGACAUGUACAAGACUAUGCCAUUAUAUGCCUUGAAGAUUUUCAACAUUUGCACAACACUAUGGAGAUGCAUAAUUAAGUAAAAAAGAAGUACUGAAUUUGUGCUUUUUUUCCCCUUUAAUAGGAUUUUUAAACACCUUUAAGGAGCUUUUCCAUAUAUACAACAUGUUACUAAACUGAAAAAAUUGUACAGUAUAAAUCCAGAGGUGGAUGGAAAAAUGUGUAAAAUAACUAGCAAAGGCUGCCCAUUGCCUGGCAUCUGUUACACCAUGAAUAGACAAUGUUUAACCUAAAAGGAACAACUUUGUCGACUAACACAUGAACAUGUACCUGAGCAGUAUCUCAGUUGAUAGAAGUUAGGCUAAAGUACUGAUUACUGACAUAAAAGAAUCAUAUUACUCACAUUCUACAAAUUGCAAUUCACAUAAAUAACCUCUUCUGCCUUAAAUAAUUUUCAUUUCACUUUGUCUCCUAACUGUACAAUGUACAUUGUACAUUGUAAUUAGGAGUACUGGUAAUUAGAAGUGGUAAUAAAGCAGUAUUUUUUUACUUUCUAAGAUUUAAAUUUAGUUUAACAUUUAUUAAACAGUUGCAUAAAUAGUAUGUUAUUACAUGAUAUUAAAUGAUAUCAUUAUCUUGAAUAGUGUCUAUUUGUUGUGAG